CCGCCGCCCGGACAGGGGGUUCUCGGAGGGAAAGCUUCAACUUGGCUACACGUAGCCCCGUGAUGAACUCGGGGAUCCUCAGACGGGAGCUGCGCCCCGCGACGAGCUGACCUCCACUCGCCGGUCGCGGGCUGCGGUUGGGGCCGCGGUACCCCCGCCUUCGGAGGAGCCGGAGCCGCAGGAUGCGCGGGGACGCGCCGCCGCCCUCUGCGCCCAGUUCCUCCGGCGCUUCCCUGGCCGCUCGCGGGCGCUGACUCUCUCCCGGGCUUCCCCGCCCUCCUUACCUUACGUCCGCGCCGCGCUGCUGGUCCGCGCCGCGCUGCUGGUCCGCGCCGCGCUGCUGGUCCACGCCGCGCUGGACCCCGCCGGGAACUGGUCCUCUCGACCUCGCCGCGGUGCGGACAAUAACUUAAUGCCUCGCGCUUGAGGGGAGGGGGCGGCUCAGCGCCUGGGUCGCAGCUUUCUCCUCUGGCUGAGGCCGGCCACAGCCGACAUGGGCUGUUUCUGCGCUGUUCCGGAAGAAUUUUACUGCGAAGUUUUGCUUCUGAAUGAAUCCAAGUUAACCCUCACCACCCAGCAGCAGGGCAUCAAGAAGUCAACGAAAGGUUCCGUUGUCCUUGAGCACGUAUUCCGUCACAUAAACCUUGUGGAGAUAGAUUACUUUGGGCUGCGUUACUGUGACAGAAACCAUCAGACGUAUUGGCUGGAUCCUGCGAAAACCCUAGCUGAACACAAAGAACUGAUCAACACUGGACCUCCGUAUACUUUGUAUUUUGGUAUUAAAUUCUAUGCCGAAGAUCCAUGUAAGCUUAAAGAAGAAAUAACCAGAUAUCAGUUUUUCUUGCAGGUGAAGCAAGAUGUCCUUCAGGGCCGGCUGCCCUGCCCUGUCAACACCGCUGCUCAGCUGGGAGCGUAUGCCAUCCAGUCGGAACUUGGAGAUUAUGAUCCGUAUAAGCAUACUGCGGGGUAUGUGUCAGAGUACCGGUUUGUUCCUGAUCAGAAGGAAGAACUUGAAGAAGCUAUAGAAAGGAUUCAUAAAACUCUAAUGGGUCAGGCUCCUUCUGAAGCGGAGCUGAAUUAUUUGAGGACUGCUAAAUCCCUGGAGAUGUACGGUGUUGACCUCCAUCCUGUCUAUGGAGAAAACAAAUCUGAGUAUUUCUUAGGAUUAACCCCGGUUGGUGUUGUUGUCUACAAGAAUAAAAAACAAGUGGGGAAGUAUUUCUGGCCUCGGAUUACAAAGGUUCACUUCAAGGAGACACAGUUUGAACUCAGAGUACUGGGAAAAGAUUGCAAUGAAACCUCAUUCUUUUUUGAAGCUCGAAGUAAAACUGCUUGCAAGCAUCUUUGGAAGUGUAGUGUAGAACAUCAUACAUUUUUUAGAAUGCCAGAAAAUGAAUCAAAUUCAUUGUCAAGAAAACUCAGCAAGUUUGGAUCCCUGAGUUAUAAGCACCGGUAUAGUGGCAGGACAGCGUUACAAAUGAGUCGAGAUCUUUCUAUUCAACUUCCCCGGCCAGAUCAGAAUGUGGCAAGAAGUCGAAGCAAGACUUACCCUAAGAGAAUAGCACCAACACAGCCAGCCGGAUCAGACAGCAUAAAUCGGGUAACUGCAAACAUGGAAAAUGGAGAAAAUGAAGGAACAACUAAAAUUAUCGCACCUUCACCAAUAAAAAGCUUUAAGAAAGCAAAGAAUGAAAACAGCCCUGUUACCCAAAGAAGCAAAUCUCAUGCGCCAUGGGAAGAAAAUGGCCCCCAGAGCGGACUCUACAACUCCCCGAACGACCGCACGAAAUCUCCCAAGUUCCCCUAUGCGCGCCGCCGAAACCCCUCGUGUGGGAGCGACCAUGACUCUGUACAGCCCACCAGGAGGAGGAAAGCCCAUAACAGUGGUGAGGACUCAGAUCUAAAGCAGAGGAGGAGGUCGCGCUCACGCUGUAACACAAGCAGUGGUAGUGAAUCAGAAAAUUCUAAUAGAGAACACCGGAAAAAGAGAAACAGAAUACGGCAGGAGAAUGAUAUGGUUGAUUCGGCGCCUCAGUGGGAAGCUGUACUAAGGAGACAAAAGGAAAAAAACCAGGCGGACCCCAACAACAGACGAUCCAGACACAGAUCUCGCUCGAGAAGUCCCGAUAUUCAAGCAAAAGAAGAGUUAUGGAAGCAUAUUCAAAAGGAACUUGUGGAUCCAUCUGGAUUGUCAGAAGAACAAUUAAAAGAGAUUCCAUACACUAAAAUAGAGACUCAAGGUGACCCAGUCCGCAUCCGGCAUUCUCAUUCACCUCGAAGUUACCGCCAGUAUCGCAGGUCCCAGUGUUCAGAUGGAGAGCGAUCCGUUCUCUCAGAAGUGAAUUCAAAAACGGAUCUUGUACCUCCACUUCCUGUGACCCGAUCUUCAGAUGCUCAGGGUUCUGGUGGCUCCACAGUUCAUCAAAGAAGAAACGGGUCUAAAGAUAGCCUGAUUGAAGAAAAAUCUCAGACGUCUACAAGCAAUCUGGCUGGAAAACACACAGCAAAAACAAUAAAAACUACCCAAGCUUCACGCCUCAAGAUAGAGACUUAAUCCCAGUGAAGGGCUAGGGAUGGGGGGGUGGGAAGGGUGUGUGUGCCACCUUUACUUUGAAACUGUGAAUUAUAAUUAUUCAAGUAUCUUGGACCUGCAGAAGUGUUUCUUCAGAAGAAAAUAAUGGAGUCUGUUGCAUCUUUUAAAGGUUUAACUACAGUAUAUUUGUGCCUAAGGGCCUUUUUAUUUGGUAACUGGAAAGACAGUAUUUUAAAACUUAUUCACUUGAUGCCAUGUUUUCCUUCCUGGAAACUCCCAAGUUAUCUUGUGUCUGCCACAACCAACACCAGAUGCUUCGGUUCAAAGUUCUGGAAUCCUGGACUGCAGCCGGCUAGCUGUGCAGUAGCACACCAAGUGGGAUGAAAAGGUCCUUCCCAACUCUGGGUGGAUCUGCCUGCGCACAAAUGCAUGACUGAAGCAUCGCUUUCACACUGCAGAUAUUUUUAUUCACAUGUUCUUUGUAAUACCGUAUUUUGUGGCAUUAAGUUCCAACGAUUAUUUGCAAAUGUUAAAAAAAAGUUUGUUAAGUGCUGCUUUUAAUUUCUAGUGUCCUUGUCUUGUGCUUUCAGAAAAAAAAAGGCUAUGUGUGGAUUUCAGUUGACCUCAGCUUAUAAAUUCAUGACCCUCUACCUGAAAUGGUCCCUUCCAGUCUGCCUGGCUAAUUCUCCCCAAAUACUAUUUCAGACGUUUCCUCUCUGCAGAUGAUUGCAGUCUACAGGAAAAACAGGAAUACUCAUGCAGGACAUCUUUCAUCUUCUCCUUACCCAACAGACAAGCCUCGCCAUGGCUGCCAUCAACCCUAGUCCUUCCCUUUCUCCUGUUCCCUCUACCUUUCCUCUCAAGCCCAUCUCCUUCAGCCUUCUCAUCCCUGCUCUCUCCAGUACUAAUAUAUUCAGCCGCUUUCUCUCAGCUAGACUACCAUCUAAAAAAAGUAAGCGAACCAAAUUUCACACCAACAAAUUCUUCUCCAGCUACCACUUUUUUCUCCCAUUCCAAGUUUCUUAAAAGGAUAGGGGCUUCCCUGGUGGUGCAGUGGUUGAGAGUCCACCUGCCUGGGCCCGUGAGCCGUUGCCGCUGAGCUUGCGCGUCCAGAGCCUGUGCUCUGCAACGGGAGAGGCCACAACAGUGAGAGGCCCGCAUACCACAAAAAAAAAAAAAAAAAAAGGAUUAUCUGUCCACUAAAGUGGACCUCAAAAAUCACCUUCAUGUCACCAAAUCCAAGUUAACUUUUAGGCUACCUUACAAUAUUUUGUUUCUUUCAUGCAUUUCCCAUUUCUACCAUUUUGACUAUCCUUUGCAGCUCACGCUGUUCUACCUCUCCAGUUGAGUAUCUCAAAUCUAGGCCCUCUUCCACUACCCCAGUGGAUCUCAUUUAUUCCCACAGUUUAUUUCUAUAGCUUAGACUAAAAAACAGUGUAGUACCAAGGGGUCACUUAGAUUUCUAAGGCAAUUCAAAUAGAGCUAGUUGAAAAUGCUGCUCCCCAGCUGGAUUUGCAAAUGUACAAGACUACACACCUAGCAGUCAUUAUGGACACAUCCUUUAUUACUAACUCCUAUCUGCUAUAAACUAUCUCUCUUCCUUAACUUUACCACCACCCUGGUCCAAGGUGGUCAUCUCUCGCAUAGACAGUGGUAGUAGCCUCCAGUUGGCCCAUCAGCACCCCUUUUCUUGCAAAUGUGCAUUUCCAUCAUGGAUUUUCCCUUGCUUUAUACAGAGCCUUAAGUGGUCUGGCCUCUUACCUGUUCAGCCUCAUUUUGUAACACCCAGAGCUCCCAUAAUGGCCACCUUCAAGCCUCAUUAAGCACUCAACUCUUACCUAAAUGAUGACACUUAGAGGGAAAGAAGCUACAAUAGUCAGAAAUCUGGACUUAUGGUCAUACCCAUUUUUUUUGUUCAAGGCCUCUGUACAUGGCACGGGGUCAGCUUUGCCUUGCAUAAAUACUUACCUACCCUUAGUCCUAACUGCCUUCUCAGGUUUCCCUGACUGGGUCAAAUCCUAUCAUACAUGGAAUUUGUCUCACGAAGUUUUCAAUUGUGAUGACAUUUCCUCCAUUUAAACAAAGGUAAGCUUCCAAAGGGAGGAACUGUGUUUGUGCACCAUUGUGUUCCCAGCUCCUAGUUCAGUGCUUUCAAUAAAUAUUUUGAAUGCCCGAAUACACUAUUUGUUCUUUCCUGCAAAGUGAAGGCAGAUUUGCUUUUAGCU